CAGCAGCUGCUCCGAGACACUUGUCGAUGAAUCGUGAUAUCCGGAACAUUCUUCCACCAACCUUGAUUAGCAUCUUAGCUCACUAAGCAGAAACAGGAUCCUUUGUCUUCUCUGGUUCAGGAGAUAUAACAGAGAGCAGCGUAAGGUUUACUUCUGACGCACUCCAUCUCCCCUCCCCUUCCCCCCCCCCCCCACCUCCCCCCAAUGCCAAUGACCACCACUUGCCAAAAAGAAUAUUCUGCACUUGAAGCCACAGGUGCUCAAAGGAAGGCAGACAGUCCUCAGAUUGACAGAGUUCAUUCACAUGCAUUGCCUGUGAUUAACCUUGCGAUGUAAACAGCAGGUCGGCUGACCAAUUUCUUCAAAUGGUCGCUUUGAGGCACUGGUAGGAGCGAAGAAUGAUGGGAGCUCUGACACAAUGCAGCCCCCAGGGGGAAGAGGUGGCCAAUCCAGAGAAAUCCCAGAAUUCUUUGCAGCUCAGCCAGGAGAAUCGAUGGGGUUGGAUGAAGAGAGUGUGUCUGAGGGCAAGCUACAGUGUCCUCCUCUGUGUCCUGUCCCAGAUCCUGGUCCUUUGGGUUGUGUAUCUAUGCCAAGGUUAUGGCAUGGUUGCCUCUGGACAGAAAGUCCUCAGCCUCUUGCAACACCUACUGAUGCCUGCAACUGCUUUCCCAGAUACCAAGGAUCUCUUGCCUCUGCAGCAAGGAUUUUGGGAUACAGAGAGUUGCUGCCCUCUCCUGGCAACAGCUAUACUGGGAACUGUGCUGACAGGCUCCGGGAUCCUCUAUUGUCUGAAAACAGUCAUCCGCCAAUUCUCAUCAGAGGCAAGGCGUCAGUCAAUGAGUCGACAACCCUCCUUUACCUAUUCAGAAUGGUCUGAAGAAAAGAUGGAUGAAAUCAUUGAUGCAGUACCUCAAGACCAUGAGCAGGAUGAUAUUGAGGGUCAAGUCUUUUUACAGUCUGAGAGUCCGGAACAGGUAGAAAGCCUGGUUCAGGGCCUUGAGAGCUCCACUGAUUCAGCAUCAGAGUCAGUGGAUCAGUCUACACUUGCCGUUAAACCAGUUGGACUUCAGGAGAGGAGAGGCUCCAAUGUAUCCCUUACUCUGGACAUGUGUACACCAGGAAGUGAAGAAGCUGAUGGGCAGCUGCUAUCACCCAGGGAGCAGUCUGCAUGGGAAUACUUGCAAACAGCAUCUAAUCUACUCACUUCAGAGAUACUGCAUGAACGGGCUAUGGAUUCCUUCUCACUCCAGAGAGAGUUCCUUGAAAUACCAAUGAAUUUUGUUGAUCCAAAGGAAUUUGAUAUUCCAGGUUUUGGACUGAAGAAUCGCUAUAAGACAAUCCUCCCAAAUCCUCACAGCAGAGUGUGCCUUACCAUUAACAAAACAGAGGAUCCGCUUAGUUCAUACAUUAAUGCUAAUUACAUUCGGGGCUAUGGAGGGGAGGAAAAAGUGUACAUUGCCACUCAGGGACCAACUGUGAACACAGUGUCAGACUUUUGGACAAUGAUUUGGCAGGAGCGGUCAACCAUUGUUGUCAUGAUCACAAACCUAGAGGAGAAGAAUGAGAAAUGUACGGUGUAUUGGCCUGAGGUUAAAGCCAAUUACCAAGGAAUCGAAGUGAUCGUAAACAGUGUUCAACAUGCAGAUGACUACAGUUUGAGAAACAUCACCCUAAAGGAUGGUUCAGAGGAAAGACAUUUAAAGCACUACUGGUACACAUCAUGGCCUGAUCAGAAGACACCAGAUAAUGCUCGUCCACUUUUACAGCUGGUUCAGGAGGUGGAAGAGGCCAGACAGCAAGCUAAGAAGGACAAUAGUGGACCAGUGAUAGUCCACUGCAGUGCUGGCAUUGGAAGGACAGGCUGUUUCAUUGCCACCAGCAUCUGUUACAGAGAGCUAAAAUAUGCUGGUGUAGUUGAUAUACUGAGGACAACCUGUCAGCUAAGGAUAGACAGGGGAGGCAUGAUCCAGACAUGUGAGCAGUACCAGUUUGUGCACCAUGCCCUGAGUCUGUGUGAGAGACAGCUAUCUCAACAAGCAGAGGAAUAACUGACAGCCUGGCAACCAAGCAGCCAUGGACCAAAGUGGCACAAAAGUGUUGACUCUCUACCAAUAUGUUUUCAUGUCAUUUGUCAAACAAGCUGAUGCUAACUGUGUGGGUAUGUGGUUUACAAACAGAAUGGUUCAUUGUCACUGAAGUGGACAUCAUGAAUGUUAGUGUCUGAGUCAUUUCAUUUUUAAAGAACAACUUUUCAAUUCAUGCAGUUGUGGAGAAGUUAAACAAUCAUAAGUGUGUAUAUCUGUGUUCAUGCCUGAAUAGAUAGAUGUCUGUCACUCUCUCAGGAGUUGCAAGUAAUUCACUUCAGUUUCUAAAGCAACAUUUUACAUUGCCAAGAUCACUGAUAUUCUCCCUCCACUGGAUCACAUAUAUCGGUUUACAUAUGACAUACAGCACAGAAAUAGGCCAUUUAGCCCAAGCAGUACAUGUGGGGAUUAUGCUAUGUGCAAUGUGAGGCAUUCAGUUAGAUAUUGAAUUCCCAAUACACUGUCUGAAAAUCAGGGAGUUCUUUCAUCCAAGCUUCCUUCCACAAACUCCACCAAAAACAAACUGCAUUUUCAACUCAGCAUGUUGUGGGAAAUUGUUGUGUAUGUAAUUGCUGUGUGUGUUUGGGUUAUUUAUGAAAAUCAGGAUGAGGUGUUAUGUAAGUUUAAAUUCUUUUCUUUCGACUUCACUUACUUUGGUAAAACAGAUUUUGAAAUCUCUAAUGAGAGGAAUUAACUUUUACUUUUGAAAGUAUAAUUAUAAAAACGAUUUUAAUUCAAUCUAUUUUAUUACACAUUGUAUGCCAGAAAAUUGAUUGAAUGGCAUUUUUAUGUACAUUGAAGUUCUAAAUGCUUGUGUAUUUUGUUGUCAGGGUAACUGUUUUCUCUUUGAGCUAAGCACCACUUUUGGCUAAGGGAAUGGUUGAGUUAUACAUAUCAGAGUCUUGUUAUUUGUUGUUGUUUUAUCCAAAUUAUUACAUUCUUCACAUGUUAUUUUGGAACUAUCUGUCCAGAGUGCAAUGACUCUUCUGUCAUUUUAUCAAGUUGAAACAUGUGGAAGUUUGUAGAAAGUAAACUAAAUAUCUUCUAUAGGCACCCAUAUUAUGAUUUUAGUCCAAACUGAUAUCGUAUUAAAAAUUAUUGCAGGGUGAUAUGCUUUGAACUAUAGCUUUGAUCCCAUCCCCAAUCCCAGACACAUACAUGAGGUUGUGUUAGUCUGGAGGAAGAAUCACAGAUAACCAAAGCAAUGUUGGAAGACAUGGCCAUCCAUUGAAACCAUUGAAGGUGAAGGGAAUUUUGAAGGGUAGUGAUUUGUUUUAUUGUUGGUGUUGGCUUGCCUGCAGUUAUUCCAGAUGAUUUGGGGUUCUGAUAAAAGAUAGAUUAAAACAUUCAAACUGAGUAGAAUACAGCUAAAAUAAUAAAUGUAUCACAAAUACAUGAGUAUGUUGCCUUUUAAUGUGGGGUGAGCUCUGUAGCCCUGUUAUGGUGGACAAAGAGAAAUAACUCAUUACUAGAGAUCCGUAGACAUAUUCCUCAGAGAGUAACUGCAGUUAUUGGGAAGUCUUCAUAGCUUAUCACCAGGGAAAGUAUAACAUUUCAGUUUGAUAAGUGAUAAGACUCAUGUCUCAACUUGAUGGCCACUGCUCAUGACAACAAAACUCCAGCUAUUUGUUUGAUUAAAAAUUUGGGGUGAAAGUACAACUUUGAAAUAGCAAUGUUUCAACAAUUUUAGAGAAUUUAGAUGCCAAAAUAAAGUUUGAGGAAGGGAUAUUCUGUUCAAUCCCCCUUUUGUGUUGACUUUAAACUUACAAAACAUAUAUUAGUUUCCAAUGUCCUUUGUGUCAAAAUAUGAAGGUCACACUGAAAUUAACAAUAGGGAUGUAUUUACUGAAUUUUUGAGAAAUUAUCUUGUGAUCCAAUCCAUCAAUAAUACAGGAUGGUGUAUAUUAAAACUUGUACUGCAUGACUGGAGCAGUGUCAGAGUUAUUAUCGGUAGUAAUUCUGAAAUAUAACUUAGCAUUUGUUACAAUAAGGUUUCAAAGGUAUGGCCCAUUGUUAUUUCAUUUGUAUGAUUAUGGUUCAAAUUCGGGCCAGAACAAAAGAUUGAAAGCUUGGACCUUGAGUUUGGUGGUCAAGGCACUGGAGAAUCAGGAGGUGAGUUACUCACUGCAGGAGGCUCCUACAGGAAAACAAGUCAAAAUGCUUAAGCACAACUGUCCUUCAUUAACAAAAAUUGGAAAUGUCAUUAAGUGAAACCCAUAGGAGGGUUGAUAUGGGAAAUGGAAAAACGAUAUUGGUGCAGUAUAUGGCAUUCGUAUCAAGUUGAGAGUAGGAUGUAUUUUUGGAUAAUAUACAAGAAGCUUUAAGCUGAUGAAGACUCUGGUGAUGAAUCAUUGGAUGAUAAUUAGGCUGAUGAAGAGUCAACUUGUGCAGAUCAGACUCACUCCACAGAUGCUGCUUGACCUGCUAUGAUUUCCAGCGUUUUUAGUUUUCAAUACAAGAAAUUUUAAGCUGAUUUUACCCAUGCUGUAUCUGAGCUGGGAAUAGUUGAUGUUGAUUCUUGGUGUGAGUUCAACAGUAAUUCAAUUAUCAACAUUCAUGGCCACCAUCUUGAACUUUAGCAAGAAAACUUACGAUAAAAGGAAUAGAUAAGUAACCUUCAUGCUAAAUAUGCAGCAAUCUCUUCAGAUAAUUAUCUCCUAGAGAUGAAGCUGAUGUGAAGAAUUGCCAUCUUAGCUAAUAUUAGGCAGUUUUCAAUGAAAAGAUUCCCUUUUUCUUAUUCAUUCUUGGGAUAUGGGCAUAGCUGCCAAAGCCCAUGUUAAACUAGCCUUGAGAAGAUGCUGGUGAGCUGGCAUCCUUGGUGUGUAGAUGCACCCUUAGUACUGUUAGGGAGGGAGUUCAGGUUUUUGACGCAACAACAGUGAAGAAAUAGCAUUCCAGUUGCAAGGCAGGAUGAUGUGCAGCAUGGAAGGGAACCUGCAGAUGACUGAUGUUCAUGCAUCUACCGCCUUUGUCUUUCUGGUGGUAGAGGUCACAGGUUUCAAAGAUGCUGUCUAAGGAGCCAUGUUGAGCUGUUGUUGAUGGUACACUGUGCUGGUGGUGGUGAAAGAAGAGAAUGUGGAACGAGCUGUUUUGUCCUGUAUGGUGACAUUUUUGUAUUUUUGAGAAUUGAUACAGCUGCAUCCAUCCAAGCAAUUGGAGAGUAUUCCAUCACACGUCUGGCUUGUACCUUGUGUAUGGUGGUCAAGGCAAUGGAGAAUCAGGAGGUGAGUUACUCACUGCAGAAUUCUAGCCUUUUACCUGCUCUUGUAGUGACAGUUUGUGUAUGGCAGAUCCAGUUCAGUGUUUGGACAAUGGUAAUCCCCAGAAUGUUGACAGGGAAGAAUUCAGUGACAGUAAUGAUAAGGUGCAUUGGUUAGAU